GGUGUCACCCUUCCUUCAGCACUUCACUCCUGAUGAAUGGGGUUAAUGUGAAGGGAAGAGAGAAUUAAGGCUUUGAGAUCAGAGAAUAAGUGUCCUAAGUCUGUGACCGGGGUGGAAGGAGAAAAGGCCCCACCACCCACCCGAAAAACCUGGAUAGCUGCUUCUACAUUUGCCACAUCUCGCUCCACCCGCCACACACACUUCUAGCAGUGCUCUCUGGGUCUAGCAGGAAAACGGUGGUGGCCUCCUCCUGGAACUGAGAAAUUGACUGAGGUGGCUGUGAGUUGGGGUGAGGGAAGAGGAAGACCCUAAGGCAAACUAUCUGUCCAGAGGCCUAGUCUGCUGGACCCCAGUCUUGGCCUGACUAUCCAGAGGCCCACAGAAGAGACAGUAGCUGUGGCAGAGACUUCACUUACCCGGUGCUCCGAUGGAUCCGGGUCCAGAGCUUACAGGGCAAGUACCCUAGUUCAGAAAGUGAUAGGUUUUGUUGACGGGAAAAUAUCGUUUGACCUGAAAGCCUUUGCUAGGGGAAAGGAGACUGAGGGAGGGGAUGGGUAAGGGCUUCUCUUUCUCUGGGUAGGUGCGCUUUUGCCUCCUAGCGCGAGGGCCGACCUUUAUCUAAAUUCGCUGGACUAGUAAGUAGCCCAGACGCUCCUCUCCCCCUCUUCCUCAUUUCCUUGAUGGUGAUGUUUUUGUUGUUUGUUUUUCUCAGACGAAUCGGGUUGGGAAUCGAACCCAGUAACUGAACUGGGGCUGUGCAUAUUUCCCUAGAGUUCACUCCAUGGGAGGUUAGUAGGGAACAAUGGACCGAGGGAAGGGUCUCGAGCCAGCGCCGAGUCUAAUGUGCUCCCCAAAUCCGUCUGGAUAAACAUUCAUGGCUCUCUCUACUCUUCCUUCUCUCCUUCCUCCUCUUGUAGGGUCUUAUCUCCUCGGCGUCAGCCUCUUUGGUUUGCCUCCGACUAUCCCCGUGAGCCCCUAGUCCUGGAAGAAAGGGGCAGAACCUUCUGCACCCACCGAGUCCGGAAGAUGGGGAGCAAGGCUCUGCCCGCGCCUAUCCCUCUCCACCCCUCGCUGCAACUCACCAACUACUCCUUCCUCCAGGCUGUGAACACCUUUCCGGCCGCCGUGGACCACUUGCAGGGCCUGUACGGGCUCAGCGCUGUGCAGACCAUGCACAUGAACCACUGGACGCUAGGCUACCCCAACAUGCAUGAGAUCACCCGUUCCACCAUCACGGAGAUGGCUGCGGCGCAGGGCCUGGUGGACGCCCGCUUCCCCUUCCCGGCCCUGCCCUUCGCCACCCACCUCUUCCACCCCAAACAGGGGGCCAUUGCCCACGUCCUCCCGGCCCUGCACAAGGACCGGCCCCGCUUUGACUUUGCCAACCUGGCCGUGGCCGCCACGCAGGAGGACCCCCCCAAAAUGGACCUGACCAAGCUGAGCCCGGGCCUGGGCAGCCCCAUCUCGGGCAUCAGUAAAUUGACUCCGGACAGAAAACCCUCUCGGGGGAGGUUGCCUUCCAAAACGAAAAAAGAAUUUAUCUGCAAGUUCUGUGGCAGGCACUUUACCAAAUCCUACAACUUGCUCAUUCACGAGAGAACCCACACGGACGAGAGGCCUUACACUUGCGACAUCUGCCACAAGGCCUUCCGGAGGCAAGAUCACCUGAGGGAUCACAGGUAUAUCCAUUCCAAAGAAAAACCCUUCAAAUGUCAGGAAUGUGGGAAAGGAUUUUGUCAGUCUAGAACUCUGGCGGUUCACAAAACUUUACACAUGCAGGAAUCUCCACACAAAUGCCCCACAUGUGGAAGAACCUUUAAUCAGAGAAGUAAUCUGAAAACUCACCUUCUCACCCAUACAGACAUCAAGCCCUACAACUGCGAGCAGUGCGGCAAAGUGUUCAGGCGAAACUGUGAUCUGCGGCGGCACAGUCUGACCCACACUCCUCGGCAGGACUUCUAGAGAAACCAAGCAUCUGCCCCCCCCCCCCACCCUUGCCUGCCUUCCCCACCCCGCCAGGCCCUCCUCGGGCCGACCUGUUCCCGACUGACCCCAACUGGCCCCCUGCAGCUGCACCUGCAGCUCCAAGGAGCUGAUAACUCUUCUGGCGGACUCACACUAUAGAAAGCCACACACACACACACACACACACACACACACACACACACACACACCCCUACACAAAGAGCAUAUGCUAGUCUCUUGUAGAUAUUCACAGCUCAUUUUAGAGCUCUGUACAUAAGUGAGGGGGAUUGUUUUGUUGUUUCUUGGGGUUUUUGUGCAGUUGUGUU